CCGGGAGCCGGCUCGCAGUCUGGGCCAGGUCUGCGCUGGGGUCUCUCGGGGCGAGGCUCCAGUAAACAGGAUCACAAUAUGACUGAUAGGAGUUAAAUGAGAUCAUACUGAAGCAUUCAAACAGUUCUGACACAUAGUAAGUGCCGAAUAAAGAAGCAAGAAGAACAAAGAAACCAGAACAGGACCCUGGAGCAACAGAACGGAUGUGUCCUUUGGCAACUGAGUGCUCCCUGCAUAAAGAUUAGGUAUCACCCAGGCAUGAUACCUUUUGGACUAUAUUUCUCGAUCCUGGAAUUCACCCAGUUCAUUUCAGAAAUGCCACUCUCUGCUUCUGUGACAGCCUCAGUGAAAGUCUGAUGGGUGGACACUUUCUUCCAGCCUUUUGGCCGUUUUCUUUGCUGGGGAAGUUGGAGGACAAAGGAAAGGAACCAGAAGUUUCCUUCUUCAGUGAGUAGGACUGCUCCGCUUGGUUCUCAGAACAUGGGCCCCCGGUUAAAGCUACAGUUGUGAUCCUCGGCUGUCUGGGCAUCGAGAAGACCUGAUGUUUUACGUUAUUGGUGGAAUCACAGUGUCUGUGGUUGCAUUCUUCUUCACAAUUAAGUUCCUCUUUGAGCUUGCCGCACGUGUAGUCAGCUUCCUCCAGAAUGAGGACCGUGAGCGCCGAGGGGAUCGCACUAUUUACGACUACGUGCGGGGGAAUUACUUGGAUCCCCGGUCUUGCAAAGUCUCCUGGGAUUGGAAGGACCCCUAUGAGGUGGGCCACAGCAUGGCCUUCCGAGUGCAUCUAUUCUACAAGAACGGGCAGCCGUUCCCUGCACAUCGACCUGUGGGUUUAAGAGUCCACAUUGCUCACGUUGAGCUGGCAGUGGAGAUCCCGGUGACGCAGGAAGUCCUCCAGGAACCCAAUUCGAACGUGGUCAAGGUGGCCUUCACUGUGCGCAGGGCAGGGCGCUAUGAGGUCUCGGUGAAGCUGGGGGGGCUGAACGUGGCCUACAGCCCCUACUACAAGAUCUUUCAGCCUGGAAUGGUCGUUCCCUCCAAGACCAAAAUAGUAUGCCAUUUUUCGACUCUUGUGUUGACCUGUGGGCAGCCACACACCCUUCAGAUAGUGCCCCGAGAUGAGUAUGACAACCCCACUAACAACUCCACGUCCCUGAGAGAUGAGCUCAAUUACAGUCUGUCCAUCCACGAGCUUGGCGCUCAAGAAGAGGAGGACUCCAUUGUCCUGUUUGAGAAGUCAGUGACAUCCAACAGGCAGACGUGCCAGGUGUUCCUGAGACUCACUCUGCAUUCUCGUGGCUGCUUCCACGCCUCCAUUUCUUACCAGAACCAGCCGAUCAACAACGGCGAGUUUGACAUCAUUGUCCUGAGUGAGAACGAGAAGGAUAUCGUGGAGCGCAAUGUGUCGACCUCAGGAGUGAGCAUUUACUUUGAGGCUUAUCUCUACAACUCGGCCAGCGGUGCCAGCGUGCCCUGGCACCUGCCCCCCAUGCACACGGGCUCCUCCCAGCGCCGCCCGUCCACGGCGGUUGAGGAGGAAGAUGAAGACUCACCGUCGGAGUGCCACACGCCCGAGAAGGUGAAGAAGCCAAAGAAAGUGUACUGCUACGUGUCCCCAAAGCAGUUCUCAGUGAAGGAGUUCUACCUGAAGAUCAUCCCCUGGCGCCUCUACACCUUCCGUGUCUGCCCGGGAACAAAGUUUUUCUACCUUGGCCCUGACCCUGUUCACAAACUCCUCACGCUGGUGGUAGAUGAUGGCAUCCAACCUCCUGUGGAGCUCAGCUGUAAGGAGAGGAACAUUCUAGCAGCCACUUUCAUCCGCUCCCUCCACAAGAACAUAGGAGGCUCGGAGACUUUUCAGGACAAGGUGAACUUCUUCCAGCGAGAGCUGCGACAGGUGCACAUGAAGAGGCCACACUCCAAAGUCACCCUGAAGGUCAGCAGGCAUGCCUUGCUGGAAUCGUCUCUGAAAGCCACUCGGAAUUUCUCCAUCUCAGAUUGGAGCAAGAACUUUGAAGUGGUUUUCCAGGAUGAAGAAGCUCUGGACUGGGGAGGGCCUCGCCGGGAAUGGUUUGAGCUAAUCUGCAAAGCACUAUUUGAUACCACCAAUCAGCUCUUUACCCGAUUCAGCGACAACAACCAAGCCUUAGUGCAUCCCAACCCCAACCGCCCCACCCACCUGCGUUUGAAGAUGUAUGAGUUUGCCGGGCGGCUGGUGGGCAAGUGUCUCUACGAGUCCUCUCUAGGAGGGGCCUACAAGCAGCUGGUUCGAGCUCGCUUCACCCGUUCUUUCCUGGCCCAAAUCAUAGGAUUACGGAUGCAUUACAAGUACUUUGAGACAGAUGACCCAGAGUUCUAUAAGUCUAAAGUUUGUUUCAUUCUCAACAAUGAUAUGAGUGAAAUGGAGCUGGUCUUCGCGGAGGAGAAAUACAACCGAUCGGGCCAGCUGGAUAAGGUGGUAGAACUCAUGACAGGUGGAGCACAAACCCCGGUCACCAAUGCAAAUAAGAUCUUCUAUCUCAAUCUCUUGGCCCAGUACAGGCUGGCCAGUCAGGUGAAGGACGAGGUGGAACAUUUCCUCAAAGGCCUGAAUGAAUUGGUCCCUGAGAACCUUUUGGCAAUUUUUGAUGAAAAUGAGCUUGAGCUGCUGAUGUGUGGGACAGGGGACAUCAGUGUGUCUGACUUCAAAGCCCAUGCAGUGGUUGUUGGUGGCUCGUGGCAUUUCAGAGAAAAGGUCAUGAGGUGGUUUUGGACUGUGGUUUCCAGCCUGACCCAAGAGGAGUUGGCUCGGCUACUCCAGUUCACUACGGGCUCCUCUCAGCUGCCCCCUGGGGGCUUUGCAGCCCUCUGCCCCUCGUUUCAGAUCAUCGCCGCUCCCACCCACAGCACGCUGCCCACCGCGCACACGUGCUUUAACCAGCUGUGCCUCCCCACCUACGACUCGUAUGAGGAGGUGCACCGGAUGCUGCAACUGGCCAUCAGCGAGGGCUGCGAGGGCUUCGGCAUGCUCUGAUGACUCUCGGCCGUCCACACGGCGGUGAGGCACACGGCUGACGGCACCACCACAGCGCUCACUCACAGAACCACCAGCUGGAAGCUGCUGCAUGCUCCCCUGCGUCUGGGUGGUGGGCCACUUGCAGGCCUUGUCUGUUUCCCCCACUCACCCUCUCCUGCCCACGCCCCAGGCUGUGUUGGCCCUGGACAGCGUUGGCAACCCCGUUCAUCAGGAGAAGCUGCUGCUGUGGUCUCACUCGGUCCUUGGUGGAUGUCAGCAGUGGGCAUCGCUGACGUGGCCGAGUGAGACUGCACGGAGGGUUCUGACACCCCUGAGAGGUCCCCACUGGGCCUGUGUGCACGUGUCCUCCUGGGAGCAGGCCCUUUGUCUCUUCCUUGGAGCUGGAUGGUAGAAAAUAGUUUGUGCAAGCGGCUUUUAGCUUCGUCCCUGGUAACACUGGACUACCUCUCAAAGGAACUGAUAGCAAAAACAGACAAAAAAAGAUUUCUUUCAUGGUGUCCAAACUGGAAAAGGAGCUUCCCCUCAGACAUUUCUGAAAUGAUCAUUAAUCCAUAAGGAGGAACUCUCGAGGCUGAUUGAGUUUGAGCCAGUUAGAAAAAGCAGACCCAAGAACAUGGAAAGCUGCUGGACUGUGGUCUCUACAGCUGCGUAUCAUUCUCCUUUUGCGUGUAGAGGCCUGAGCGCGGCUGGCAUGAAGCCCCUGUGCUUGGCCUGUGCUUGGAGGGACGGUUGGGCCUGGGCACUGCAGUCGCACAGUCCAUGAAGAGAUGGGGACCCUCUAGCUCUUUGCUGAAGAAAACUUGUAGCAGGGAAUGCGGACAGUGAGAAGAUUUUGCCAACAGACCCUGUGUCCCUUUGCCUGGUGGUCUCUGGUAACACUGAAGCCAGAGGAGAGGGGCUGAUCACAAGGAAACAGUCCCUUCCCUUCUCCCCAUCAGUUGCAGUGAGGGGGAUAGAAUAUAGACGACGAUGGCUACUGCGUCACGAUGACUGAAGAGAGCCUGCAGCUGCCAGGAGACGAUGGGUCCCUUCCUCCCUCAGAGUGAAUGAUUCAGAAAAUCUCAUCACCCCCCAAAAUCUCUGUUAAGGCCUUGUUGCAAGCUACCCUGUUCCCAGUGUGUGGUACCACUGUCAGCUUGAGAGUGUGACAAGCCAUUUUUGUUGUGAAAACCAGAAUGUCCAGAGUCCAGAGGUGUAGCCAGCCAUGACCUUCUGGAAGCAUGUCUGAGUCCAUCUGUCUCUGUCAGGCCCUCUGAGCGGCUGCACUUCUCCCUGACUUCAGUCCCCUGCAGUUGCCAUCUGCCCUUCUCGGCCCUGGCGUCGAUCUCACUCACCCUGGGGGUCCAGGAUCCACCAUGGGGUCUCUCCCUCAGGGCCCUCCAUGCCACACAGCCACUGCUCCACUCAGGGACCAGGACCCGGCACCGUGCCUGCCCCGUGCUUCCCUGUGGGGUGUGCACAGGGGCCCUGUCACCACCCUGGGAAGUGGGGCGUCGCCCCUCAGGCCAGAGACUUAGCAAGGGUGUGGGCUGCCCUGUCUUUCAGGCAGCUGUUUCUCUUCUGAAUUUGGCAUCGACCUCUAGCGACCUCCAGAGACUGGUGCUAGAGCUCACGCUGCUUUCUUGGCUAGCCCUGCCGUAAGCAUCCUGGGCGUCCAAGCAUCCUGGGCGUCCGUGCAGCCCAGUGGGGGCAGCUGCAUCCCUGCAGGGGUCUCAGCCCCCCCCCCCCCCAUCCCUAUCCCCGUCCCCGUUCAACAAAACCGCUUGGUACUGUUGUGGUUUUCUAAUCUGAUUUGUUCUCUCCUUGUUCUGUUUUAAAGUAUCUUUGCUCUCUUUGGGCUUUUUCUUUUCCUCUUUUUCUCCCCUAAUCCUACUGGAUACUAUCCAGUGUGGGGAAAGGUACAAUGUGGCAGAAAAAAAAAAAAGCACUUGUGACUUCUUGGACACUUUUUUCUUCUUCUUCUUUCUUACUUUGGCUAAUUCCUCUGCCCGUGCCCCUGUGAGCCAGGUAUUUGGGAAGCCAGUUGACCUCCUGGCUGUUUAGUGUCUUUGAAGGGAACCAGGCACCUGAUGAACACCAAGGAGAAUGACGGUGUGUCCGUGCACUUCUGCAGAGACCAAGCCCUGGUACAGAGUUGUCAGGCCAGGCAAGAGGGCCAGGCAAUUGCCGUGAUAGUGUAAAUAUUUUGUACAAUAAAUAAAUAAAUAAAUGUUUAAAAGGACAAAGGA